UUUUCUUCAAGAUAUAUACAUAUACAAUUAUAAAGAGCUAAAAUAGCCGGAUCAAUUCUUAUUUAAGGUUGUAUGAUGGUUAAGACGGGAAAUCGCAUGAUCAGAAUCACCAGCCGAGUCGAUACGUCCGUCUGCCCCAGUGAAUGUUUUGAUGUCGGGAAGCACUCCUCUGGCUGCCAAAAAUUAGUAAGAACAAAGAUGACAACACACGAUGGGGCUCAGUCGUACUUCUCACGUCUUAAUUCAAUUUCCCAAAAAAUUACCUGCGAUCUCAAUAAAGUUAAAUCAACACACAGUCAAGACGCUUGGCUUAAAUUGACUUUAAACGAACAGGAAAAAAUAUUGAAUAACCACUUAAUUGAUCCUGUUAUAUUUUCUAAGUACUGUCAUAGAACUAAAGAAAACUAUGCGGCACAAGAUCCGCACGAAAAUAAUGAUGUUACUAAAAAUGAUUACCGUAAAUUUUGUUUCAGAGACAUUGUAUAUUUAUAUAACGGCCAAGAUUUACACACAUAUAAUUAUCAAAACGUUGGUUUAAAAAUAUUACGCGAUGAUAACAGCGGAGAUUUUCAAGAUGAACAUUCGUUUCCAUUUUCUUAUCGAACCAAAUCACAAAUAAACAUAGUAUUAAAAGAAUUUGAUGAUAUCUGCCUUGUCGAAACUCCCACUGGCGUAAAAAAAUCCAUUCCUCUAAAAUUGAGGACAAAAGAUUCAAGCACUAAAAAAAUGCCAAUUCUCCACCUUAAUUCUAAUGAUAAGACCGACGUUAACACAACGGAAAAAAAGAUUUCCAUUCUUGAAAACUUCUCAAAAACCCAAAAUGUUUAUAUUGACGAAUGUAUUGAAUCUAAUGAGAAAAUGCAACUACUCUUUAAAUGUGGAUCGAAAAACAGCGUAUCAAACAACUUGUCUGAUUAUGAAAACGAAUUUAAAGAUGUACGUCAUGACGAAAAUACAAAACUGUUAUCCCCUGAACUAAAAAUGCCUAAGGGUUUCGAUUUUCUCAGUAAUUGGUAAAACCUAUAUAAAUCUCAUAGAUAGUCGAAGGAGAGCAGUUUCUUUAAAACAUAAUUUCAUUUGACUUCAAGGCAAAAACACCAAAACGUACAUAUUAAUGUUGAUCGGCCGUAAGUCCAAACUUUGCACUUUAUAUAAGCAUAAUUUUAUUAAGGUGUCUUUUUUUAACAUAGAUUUAAUAAAAUAAGUAACAUAUUA